AUGCUAGUGUCGUCAAUUGCUUUUGCUCUUGGUUUCCAGACUGUUGUUGCUACUCCAUACUCCGCACCAUACUUUGGAAAGUUCUUCCACGGUCAAAGAACCUCUGGUGACUCUUCAUCCUUGGGAAAUCAGUAUCCUGUCAAAGACUGUACCAGCUUUAUUGCAUAUACACCAGAUUCUUGGUCUUGUCAUAAUACCUCUGCAAUUCCAGCAGAAGACCUGUGCUGUUUCGAAGAUUUUGGUAUUUUGUUGCAGUCUCAAUUCUGGGAUUUCAACACCACUUUGUUGGAAUUGGCAAUUAAUGGUUCAACUCAGGAUGUGAUUGAGGCAGACGUUAGAAGCAAGAUUGAGGCAUUCGAUGAUGAUCUCAAAACUACAUUCACCAUUCACGGUUUGUGGAAUGAUCUUUGUAAUGGGUCCUAUAACCAGUACUGCCAACCAGAUUGGGAAGUCAGCAACGACAGGGACAAUCUCUCCUACCUCAUUGGUGAAGAGUUCAACAAACCUGAGUUGUUGAAAAUUAUGAAAAAGUACUGGAUCAACACACUCAAGUCUAAUGUUGAAGACCAAGCUAGUGCCGCUCUAUGGGAGCAUGAAUACAACAAACACGGUACUUGUAUGAACACCUUGCUGCCAUCAUGUUUCACUGGAAACUAUCUGCAAUUUGAAAACGCUGUCAAUUUUUACGAAAAGACUGUGGAAAUCUGGAGCCAGCUUGACACAUUCCAGUUUUUGUCAAGUGCGGGAAUUGUUCCCACUGUGGCCAGACAAUACAAGUUGAGUGAUGUUGAAGCUGCUUUACAAAGGGCCCAUGGUGGUUCUGUUUACGUUGGUUGCUUGAAUAACUCAAUCAGUGAAAUUUGGUACUAUUACAAUUUACAAGGAAGUGUUUUGACAGGAACCUACAGACCAAUUGAUUCUCUUGGAAACAGCACUUGUAAGGAAAAUGUCUGGUAUCUUCCAAAGCUGAGCAAUAUCGAGGAACCUCGUGCCAACGACACUUAUAUGCCUUCACCAGUAUCUGGCCAUCCGCAGGAAGUACUGGCUAGCUCAGAUCAACCAUCGAUACCUGUUCCCCCUCCAACAAGUAACUCGUCCAGCAACAACACUCUAGCUGUGCCUAAUCCAGUACGAACGAGGCGAAAACGUGGUUUGUCUUUGAGAUCACAGUUGUUUAACAAGGCAUUUAAUAUUCAACAAGAAAACUCUUUGCCCGAGAGUGGUGGUCAACAAGCAGCUACAUCUGCAUCUGCGUCUGCAUCUGCAUCUGCAUCCGAAUCUGCAUCCGAAUCCGCAUCUACUCCUCUGAACAAUAUUGAGCUUCAACCAAUCUCCAAUCGGGGAGUGGUACACACUUCACCUCCACAAAUCAAUAUUGAAAAAUCGGAUCCACUACCCACUUACGAGUCUUCAUCGUCUUCUGCAAAUAAAUACGAGCCAUACAACGUCUUGGAAUCUCACUUGACAAAAUCAACAACCCAUUUAACUUUAGAAAGCAAACAAUCAAGUAUCAGUGCCUCGUCAUUUUUAUCAAAGAGGCAGCGAUUGCACAGCACAUCACAGAAUAGGUUUUGGAGACGACUAAGAAAAUUGCGGAAUAAGAUCUGGGGUGCUAAAGUUUCUCAGUCAACCGAGUCAGGAAGAAUCAUCCCUCUUUCGGUGAACCCAAGCGGAGUAAAUGAUUUUUAUCAAGAUGAAUACUAUUCUCCCAAAUCAAAAGCAUACAUCGAUGAAAGAACCAAUGAUCCCUACGUCAACAAUGUCGUUACCUCUUCAAAGUACACGAUAUACUCCUUUCUUCCCAAACAACUUCGAGCACAGUUUUCAAAGAUUGCAAAUUGUUAUUUCAUGGUGGUUGCUAUUAUGCAAAUGAUACCUGGAUGGUCAACAACUGGUCACUACACGACCAUCAUCCCAUUGUGUAUUUUCAUGUCCAUAUCGAUGGCAAGAGAGGCCUUUGAUGAUUGGAAAAGACACGGCCAUGACAAGGAGGAAAACAGUAAACUCACGACUGUGAUUAGAGAAGAUGAGGAGUUGAGUAGUUUUGACACCCAUUCUAUCAACACCAUUUUGACUGAAACGAUACCAGUGGCAUCUGGCCGCGUUACUAGUUCUUCAGCCUUGCCUAAUGCAUCAGCAAAUUCCUCAUUAUCUGAUUUGGAAGAGUCGAUUAAUGCUGAAACUCUUCUGUUUGCCAACAUAGACGCAAUGCAACGAUACAACUUGAAGGAAGUACCCACAAAAUGGAAGAAUGUCAAGGUUGGCGAUAUCGUGAAAAUUAACCAGAACGAAUGGUUUCCAGCAGAUGUAAUCUUGAUUGCGACAAGCGGGGAUGAUUUACAAGAAGCCUUUGUUGAGACUAUGGCUUUAGAUGGAGAAACGAAUAUGAAGUCGAAAUUCCCACACCCUGAACUUUCGAAAAGGGCACGCACUGCACCUGGGUUGAAGAAUCUUCACACUUUGGUCACCACUGAAGACCCAAAUAUUGAUUUGUACAACUUUGAGGCGUCUUUUUACAUGAAUGAGCAGGUAUAUCCUUUGGGUCCAGACAAUGUGGUGUAUCGUGGUAGUGUCUUGAGGAACACUGAGUCUGUUUUGGGAAUGGUUGUGUUUACCGGUGAGGAGACUAAAAUCCGAAUGAAUAAUAUCAAAAACCCAAGAACUAAAGCACCAAAGUUGCAAAAAAAUAUAAACUAUAUUGUUGUCUUUAUGGUUUUCGUUGUGGUGAUGUUGUCUGCAUUUUCAACUAUGGCACAGCGUCUCAAGUACAGCCAGAACAAAGACAAAGCAUGGUACCUCUACCAACAAGAUGCCGGGGUAGCUGCCACAUUAAUGGGAUUUAUCAUCAUGUACAACACUUUGAUUCCGUUAUCGCUUUACGUCACGAUGGAGAUUAUAAAGGUGAUGCAAUUGUGUUUCUUACAAUUCGAUAUUGAUAUGUAUGAUCCGAAAACAAAUACGCCAGCAGAUGCAAAAACCGCAACCAUUUUGGAGGAAUUGGGUCAAGUAUCUUAUAUCUUCAGCGACAAAACAGGCACUCUUACAGACAACAAGAUGAUAUUUAGAAAGCUAAGUGUGUGUGGUGUGAGUUGGCUACAUGAUCUUGAUCUUAUGCUUAACGAGCGCGAAAAUCCGGGAGAGCAAGAGGUUGUCAACUUGGUACAGAGACAAAGCGUGCAUCUUCCAAGACAGCCAGUCCUGAACGUUACCAAUGGCGCUAAUAACACAAAUAGGUUUAGCACCACGUCAAUUGCACGUGAAAGUACGGAUAUCAGGCAGUCAGGAUUAAGCGCAAAGACGUGGGUAUCAACAGCGCAGCCACAUAAAGUUCAAGACACAUUGAAUACGUUGCAACUAAUCAGGCAUUUGCAAUUGCAUCCUCAGACCAUAUUUUCUCGCAAGGCGAAAUUUUUCUUAUUAUCGCUAGCAUUGUGCAAUACAUGUUCUCCUGUCAAGAAGAAUCAUAAGAAAUUUAAAGUUAGUGAGUCUUACUCGUCAUUGGAGGAUAUUUCGCAUGAUGCGGAUGAUGAUGAUGCAACACUCACAUAUCAAGCAACAUCUCCUGAUGAAAUAGCCUUGGUCCAAGCCGCCAGGGAUUUGGGGUACGUGAUCUUUGACCGCCAAUCUGAAAAAUUGCAAAUUAGAACCUAUCCCGAAGGUUUUGAUAGUGACCCUGUUGUAGAGGAAUAUCAGGUUUUGGAUGUCAUUGAGUUUUCGUCAGCAAGAAAGAGAAUGUCGGUAGUGGUGAAGUUCCCAGAUGGUCGUAUUGCACUCGUUUGUAAAGGGGCAGAUAAUGUCAUUUUGGAGCAUUUGAAGAACUCUACACUUGCAAAGGAAAAAGCAAAGGAGAUCUCCACGCAAUCAACAGAGAGAAAAAUGCAGGAAGCAGACGCGGUAUUGCAAUCAAGGUUUUCACAAGAUUUUGAAUCAAGAAAAUCCGGGUUUUCUUUGCGACAAAGUUUGAAUUUGAGUGAGCGAAGGAUGAAUACUAUUGACAACGCAUUGAUGGGGCUUGAAGAAGAACAGGAUGAAGAGGUUGCUAGUAUUGCGAAUCAAGCGAGAAUGUCCUUGCAUCUUCAACAAGCCCAAAAGUAUAGCGUAGAUGAUGAUGAUGGUGAUGAUGAUGAUGAUGAAAACGCUGCAGUCGUCAAUGAAGAACCGCUGUCAAAAUUGCUUGAAACUCACCAAUCCAUUCCUAAUGACAAACUUGUACUCAAUGAUGAAUUUGUCAUUGAAAAAACAUUGGAGCAUGUGGAGGAAUUUUCAAUCGAAGGGUUGCGUACGUUGCUUUACUCCUUCAAGUGGUUGACUGAACAAGAUUUUGAGGAAUGGCAUAAUGAGUACGCUGAAGCCAAAACCUCUUUAAAGGACCGAGCCCAGUUGGUUGAGGAUGUUGGGGGCAAGAUUGAAUUUGACUUGGAAUUGUUGGGUGCUACUGCAAUAGAAGACAAACUUCAAGAUGGAGUUAGUGAAGCAAUUGUAAAACUUCGAAGAGCAGGUAUCAAAUUGUGGAUGCUAACAGGAGACAAGCGAGAAACUGCUAUCAACAUUGGGUACUCGUGUCGUCUCAUUAAAGACUAUUCCACAGUGACGAUCUUGUCUAUCGACGAGGGAAAGCAUGCGGUUUCAGAUAAGAUAGCGUCGCUAUUGAGAGAUAUACAAGGUGGAGGUAUUGCCCACAGUGUGCUAGUCAUCGAUGGUGGUACAUUGGGCGAGAUUGAAAACGACUCUCAGUUACUGUCUCAGUUUUUUGAGCUUUGUGUGGAGGUAGAUUCAACAAUAUGUUGCAGAGCUUCGCCGAGUCAGAAAGCAAAUAUGGUCAGCUCUGUUCGGUCAUUGAGAAAAAAAGCGGUCACUUUGGCAAUUGGAGAUGGGGCUAAUGACAUUGCAAUGAUCCAAAGUGCAGAUAUUGGUGUUGGAAUAACUGGAAAAGAAGGCUUGCAGGCGGCUAGAUCUGCUGAUUAUGCCAUUGCCCAAUUUCGGUUUUUGAUCAAGCUUUUGUUGGUUAAUGGGCGGUACAAUUAUGUCAGGACUUCGAAGUUUGUAUUGUGCACGUUUUACAAGGAGCUUUUAUUCUACUUGACUCAGUGCAUAUAUCAACGCAACACGCUAUUUUCUGGGUCAUCUAUGUAUGAGAGUUGGUCGCUUUCCAUGUUUAAUACCUUGUUCACUUCAUUGCCUGUGCUCUGUAUUGGAAUGUUUGACAAAGAUUUGAAACCGUCCACGUUGAUUGCUGUACCUGAGCUUUACGCAAAGGGACGCUUGUACCAAGCAUUCAAUCUUCGGGUGUUUCUUUCUUGGAUGAUUUUAGCGACGCUUCAAAGUGUUGGGGUGGAAUUUUUGGCAUUGUACAUUUGGGGGUUCACAAGUUUGAGAGACAACACUACGUUUGCGUUGGGCUCUUUAGUAUUUGCGGCUUUGGUGAUUAUCAUCAAUGCCAAAUGUACUUUGAUUGAGAUGCAAAAUAGACAGUGGCUCGCAUUUGCAUCAUUUAUCAUUUCAGUUGGCGGAUUUGCUGUAUGGAACGUUUUGAUUAUGUUCCUCUAUAGACUGAAGGCAUCCACCAUCUUUUAUGUAUCCUAUGGACUUAUCACGUGGGGUUUGGAUCAAAGCUGGUGGGCGGCGUUGCUACUCAUUGUGAUGGUGCCAUUGUUCUUUGAUAUUUUGAUCAAGGUGUUCACCUUUAUGUUCAAUCCUAGUGAUGAUCAAAUCUUUCAGGUGUAUGAGAAGGAUAUGAAGUGGAGAAAAUUGUUUGAACAAUCUUCAUACAAAGAGUUGUUUCAAGGAUGGACUUUCCCUCGUGAUCCAUCGACCACAAAGACUCUGCUUUUCAAGAUAUUGAAAAAUAUUGGCAUCAAUGUGGACUUUAGUGCGAGAAAACCCAUUGAAUUACCGGACAACGAAGACGACAAUGGUUCAAAUAAUCAAUCAGCACUCAGCAGAAAAAGAGCGGGAACUAAUCCAAUGGAUCACGAACUCCCUGCAAAUGGUGACGGUGUUGGACUCUACUCUCAUGAUAACCAACCAUACGAUUUAGUUGAUGCUGACGGCUAUGAGAUUCUACCUAGUGGGAAAAGAGUCAGGAUCAAAACAAGAGAAGGCAGAAGCUGGUCACUUUCUAAAACUUUUGGGCUUAGGAAGAAAAGAAACUCAACGGACUCUGAAGAAGAUGUUGAUGCGAUUAUUGAUAAUCGGUUGAAAGAUUUGCGUGAGGAAGAAGAAGGGAGACAAUAG